AUGGAGGUGCUGCGCGUGCGCCACUGCCGGGCGCUGGUGUACUGCCGGCGCGCGCCGCCGCGCUGCCCCGCGUGCGGCGGGGACCUGCGCAGCGCCGGGCUGACCGCCGCGCCUGUCCGCCUGCACUGCCCCUUCCGGCACGGCCACGGGCAGCCCCGCGCCUUCCUCAUCAGGCCCACCCGCGGCACCUUCCUUGACGGCUACGAUGGGGACAGCGACCUCCACGUCGGGAUCACCAAUUCCAAGGGCGUGGUGUACAACUAUGACCAGGAGGGUGUGCACAGGGCUGGCAGUGGCUGGGAGCAGAGCAUCAGCAUCCCCCUGGUGCAGCCGGACAUGUGGGAGCUCCUGCAGCAGUGGGACGACCUCCUGGAGGAAUUCUCCUUGGAAGAGGCCUGGCUCCCUCACAGGUACCAGGAGCAGCAGCACAACUGCUUCACCUUCGCCCUGGCCUUCAUCAACUGCGUGCGGCAGGGCCGGGGCCGGCAGCCGCUGAGCAAAGCCCAGUUCACUGAGAGCUUCCUACUGCCCCACACCAGGGAGGCCUCCAGGUUCCUCACCCUGCACCAGCAGCUGGCUCACACAGACUUCUACAUCAUGCCCUUGGCUGAACAGGAGCAGGAGAGUGUGGCUGCAAAGCACAGCCUGCUGGAGUAGCAGUGGGAAGGGAAGGGUUGAGGCUCCACGGCUCAGGGUUUGAGGUUUAAUGUAGUUAAGUUUUAAGCAUUAACUUCACUCUGCACCUCAGGGAAGGAUCGGAACACUGAGCUUGUGCAUUUCAGUGAAGUAACACAAACACGACAGAGAAUUUCCACAGGAGCUAUUCCUGUGCAAAAAUGUUUUCUGAUUUAGCAUUCCCUGUGUGCUCUGUUCUGCACAGACACUUCACACCAGAAAUCAGAACUGCUGUGGAGUUCAGGGCUUUACAAAUGAACUGUGGCAGCUGUAGCAAACCAAAAAGUCCUUUUCCUGACACAUGUUUACUGAUGAGUGAAAAAAAGGGAACACAUGCUCGUGUGCUGCUGAAAUCCCAAACCCCUGUCUGACUGUUGAUUUCCUUUCCUUUAAUCGCUAAUAAAUUUACCCACAAAUAAAUCCA